AGGGAUCCCUCCUUUGGUGCUGGCAGACCAGUGAGCCCUUUAAGUACGCUCCAGCAGUGGUCACACAGAACUGACAAACUUGGACUGGAGGAGGGAAGAUGAUGUCCUUGGAUGGACUGCCCAAGACAAUCAGUAACCCGAUCAUUCCAUAUGUUGGGACGAUACUUGAUGAACUUGUUCCUGGAGAGCUGAUUGUGAUACAUGGGACUGUUCCAGAUGAUGCAGACAGGUUCCAGGUGGAUUUGCAGUGUGGCAACAGUGUAAAGCCUCGAGCUGACGUGGCAUUUCAUUUCAACCCCCGCUUCAAAAGGUCUGGCUGCAUUGUUUGCAACACACUGGAGAGGGAAAAAUGGGGCUGGGAGGAGAUUACUUAUGAGAUGCCCUUUCAAAAAGGGAAGUCAUUUGAGAUUGUCAUCAUGAUUUUAAAGGAUAAAUUCCAGGUGUCUGUAAACAAGAAGCACUUGCUGCUCUACAACCACAGAAUUAGUCUUGAAAAAAUAAAUACUCUUGGAAUAUAUGGCAAAGUGCAGAUCAAAACUAUAGAAUUUGUUUCUAAAGGGGAAAUGCCAGAUGGUUCAGAAUUUGGAGUUCCUUAUGUUGGGAAACUUGAUACUGCACUUCAUCCAGGACGCGCAGUUGCCAUUAAAGGAGAAGUGAAUAAAAAACCAAAGAGCUUUGUGAUAAAUCUGAAAUCAAGUGACUCAAAGGACAUUGCAUUACAUCUGAAUCCCCGAGUGAAAAAUAAAGUUUUUGUAAGAAACUCAUACCUUUGUGACAGCUGGGGAGAAGAAGAAAAGGAAGUUGACGAUUUCCCUUUCAGUCCAGGGAUGUACUUUGAGCUGAUCAUUUUUUGUGACACCCACCAGUUCAAAGUUGCUGUUAAUGGUGUUCACAUUCUGGAAUACAAGCAUCGUUUUAAACAGCUUGAAAAGAUCAACGAAUUGGAAAUCACAGGAGAUAUUCAAUUGUUAGAUGUGAGGAGCUGGUAGUUCUUUUUGAUCGCUAUUACAAGAAUUAAACCUCUUCUAAUGAGAGUGCCUCCUUGUCAAAUAAAUACAAACAGGUGCUGGCUCGUGCUGAGCUUGCCUUUAUCUAUCUAGGCUUCUGCAUCUGCCUCUCUGAGUUAGGG